AUGGGCUACGACAACGAUCUGGAUGUUCCUGGCACGGAACGGCUUUUUAACAUCGACGGGGAACAUCUCUCUACCCACGUUGAGGUUGAGAUCAUCUUGAUUCCCAAGCCAACGGCCGAGGGCAGUGAUCCGUUGACAUGGUCGAUAUCAAAGAAGUCCUGGCAGCUGUUUCUUCUCUGUCUCUAUGCGUGUACAUUCUCGUAUGGGGAGAACAUGCUUGGAGCAGCAUGGACAACCGUCUCCCGCGAGGCUGAGAUAUCCCUGGAAAACAUGAACGGGGGUUCAGCACUCAACUACCUGCUUCUCGGGCUUGUCAAUGUCUUCUGGGUGCCUAUUGGCAUGAAGCUGGGUCGCCGUCCGGUCUUUCUCAUCACCACGCUCAUCUGCAUGCUGACUGCUGUCUGGCUGGGCUAUGUCCACGGCACGGCGCAGUGGAUGACCAACCUGGCCAUCAACGGCUUUGGGGUUGCUGCGUACCAGGCAGUCAUCCAGCUGAGUGUGUUUGACAUGUUCUUUGCCCAUCAGCGAGGACGGACGUUGUCCUUUUAUCUAUUUGGCCAGCAGCUGGGCUCGAUUCUGGGACCCAUCACUGGAGGCAUCAUCUCAGACGGGCCGGGCUGGAGAUGGACUCAAUGGAUCUGCUCCAUGAUCUUCGCCGUCGUCUUGAUUCUCCUGUUCACCUCAUUUGAAGAGACCCUCUUCCCACGCUUCUUGUUCGAGAGUGGCCAGCAUGGCACCGGCACCGCCAAAAAGCAAAUAGACGAGGCAGCCUCCGCCAACGAGGUCGAUUAUACCACCCCAGACAUACCCUACAGCUUCCCGAAGCGAACUCACCUCCAACGCCUGAGGCCAUGGGUGCAUUUCCCCCAGGACAAGACGACCUACUGGCAAUACUUCCGUCGGCCCUUUGUCCUCUUCCUCUUCCCCAAUAUUAUUAUCGCAGGCGUCAUAUUCGCCUUUGGCUGCACGGCGGGCAUCGUCUCCUUCGGCACCAUCUCCCGCAUCACCUCUGCACCGCCAUACAACUGGUCCACCACGUCGACAGGUCUAAUCUACCUGGCUGCCCUGGUCGGAAACAUCGCCGGUUGGGCCACCGGCGUCUCUAGCGACUUCAUCGUCAUGCGCCUGGCACGCCGCAACAACGGCAUCAAGGAGACAGAAAUGCGUCUGUGGACGUUGUGCUUCUCAUUCGUCUACGCUGCUGUCGGCUACAUGCUCUAUGGCUGGGGAGCGCACUUCGGCAUGCACUGGAUCACCAUCGCCAUCGGGCUGGGCUGUAUGAUUGCGCAUCAGGUGUCUGCUUGCUCUGUCGCUACGGCGUACGCCAUGGAGUGUUUCCCGGGUAUAUCGGGGGAACUGGUCGUGGUUCUUUCGAUCUGUUCGUCCGUCAUCAACUUCCCGCUCUCCUUCACGGUGCAGCAGGUUGUGGAUGCGAUGGGGUUUGGGUAUGCGUUUGUGUUUUAUGGGUUCUGCGUCCUGGCCUCCAUGGCAGCAGGGAUUCCCACCGUUAUAUACGGCAAGUCGUGGCGUCGUCGUGCCGCUCCCAAGUGGAAGAAGUGGCUUGCAGAGAGAGGCCGUGUCGACUAG